AAUUCUUUUGCAUGAGCUCUCUCCUCUUGAAAGUCGCAACUACUAUCGCUUUCUCUCACUCUCUCUCCUCGAUGGAAUACUAUUUUUUUUUUACUAAUACUACUAUUUUUUUCCCUCAGUGAAUCUCUCUCUCAUCGCGCAUCGACUUUUGGGUUUUAUUUUCUCAUGGCCUCUUCCUCUCUCUAGACAUAAAAAGCAGCUGCCAAGAUCUCUCUUGCUGCUGUGUCUCAAGUCAGCUCUUAGCGAAGCAUCGACUAAUAAUAGUCAUUGAGGUUGAUUUUCGCCCUUGGUUCUGUUCAAAUGCCUUCUGCCCUCUCACCUCAGUGGCAAGAGAAGGCCAGUGGUUUCUUUUCAUCCUCAGGAGUCAAACUAAAAGAGGCUAGGGAGUCAGCAGGAGCAUUUGUUGGGGAGGUCACAAAGGAUGCAAAGAGUAAUGUUGCUGAUGUGGCAGAUCGAGUUGGUUCAGUUGUCAAAAGUCGAUGGGCAAUUCUUCAGCAGCCAUCAACAAGACAUGCUGUCCAGGACCGAUUGAUAACUGCUGCUGCUACAACCGGUACAUUGUUAAGGAGAAGCUUGACUGGGACAAAGGAUAAGGUAGCAGUUGGGAAAACAAAAGUUGAAGAGGUUGCAAAGAAAACUGCACAAAAGAGUAAGACAAUAUUGACAGACAUUGAAAGAUGGCAGAAGGGAGUUGCAAGCACUGAUGUAUUUGGAGUUCCUAUUGAGGUUACUGUACAGAGGCACGAAUCCUGCAGGCCUAUUCCUCAGAUAUUGGUCAAAUGUGCGGAUUAUCUUGUAUUGUCAGGGUUGAACUCCCCAUACCUCUUUAAAUCUGAAGGGGAUAAAAAGGUUAUUCAACAGUUGGUUUACUUAUAUAACCAAGAUUUAGCUGCAUCAGUACCUGAAGGUACAAACCCAGUUGAUGUAGCAGCUCUUGUCAAAUAUUAUCUUGCUAGCCUUCCUGAGCCCCUUACAACACUUGAGCUUUAUAAUGAGAUCAAAGGUGCUCGAUCCAGUGUGCAUUCAAUGAGAAACGUACUGAAGAAGCUCCCCAGUGUAAAUUACAUGACUCUGGAGUAUGUAACUGCACUAUUGCUUCGUGUUAGUCAGAAGUCACUUCUCAAUAAGAUGGAUGCUCACAGCCUUGCAAUGGAAAUGGCUCCUGUUAUUAUGUGGCAAAAGGGGUCAAAUCCUGAGUUUUAUCGUCACUAUUGGAAUCAGCUGACCAAACGUCCUUCCAACAAGAGCUUGGAUCCACCACCUGGUGCUUCCUGGGACAUGCUUAAUGAUGAGGGUGAAGACUUAGAUGCAUCCUCUCCCAUUCCUUUGGAUGAUGGAACCCCGGUUGACUUUGCUGCAAUUGAGGUGGUUCAAUACCUCAUCGAACAUCAUAAUGCAAUUUUCACCGAUGCAAAUGAAACAGUGUGGAGAUGAACAACACUGUUCCUUCUUUUUCUGCACUGGAUUCAAUGAUGUGAAUAUCAUAGAAUAGGAGCUUCUUUUCCCCCCUCCUUCAACCCUGAAUUUUCUUUCCAAUCUGGUCAAAGAUCAUUAUAUUAUCAAGCUAUAUUUUUGAAGUUGGAUGAAGGCCACCAAGCUGGGGAAGGAUUUCUGAUGCUAGUGUGGAGUUAUUCUGAUUUUCUUAGUUCUUUUGUUCUUGGUUUGGAUUUUCAUAGUUUUAUACAUACAUAUACAUACAUAUAUAUAGUUGUGCAGCUUUUACUUUAGAAAGCAAUAAAAAGCAAGGGAGUUGUACUGCUUUCGUUGAUGUCUUGCUUGAGAAAUUGGUGUAAUAAUGACCCUAAACUAUACAUCGCUUGGAUGUGUUAUUGUGGUUAUUUCUAGGAUUCAUAAUGAUAUGUGAUUAUUGUUCAUAGUCAAUGAACAGAGAAACUGAUUUUAGCUAAUUGUCAUGGUCAAUGUGGUUUACCUUUUAAUGAUAUGGAUUCAUGCGGAUGUAUAUAUUCUCUUA